AUGGCUUAUGGUUAUAAUCGGAUGUGCGCGUCGCAUACUGCAUCUGACUUGCUUACAGUCCCCUUACAGGCUCGGACAGCAGCAAUGGAACCCUUCCUGGCAAUCCGAAACACUGAGACCGCUAGCAGCAAGGAAGUACAUCGACUGUACGAUCAGGCUACAAUUGUAUCGUACAUUGCCUACCCCCUGUUCUGUGCAGCAAAGCCCCUGGCAGAAUCUCCUGGCUCAUCCAGCGCACUUCUGAUGUACCUGAGCCCCGAUGUCUUGCGGGCCUACGCCUCAAAGGCCGGGGUCUGGAACUCGAAGCUGGUGGAGCAGCUGUUCUACUUGUCAAGGAGCCUUUACGGCGUGUUGGAAUUGCAGGCCUGCCACUAUCGCAUGUUCAAGGCUUUGAUCAACAUCUUCGAUUGGGUCCGCGACAACAUCCCACUGCUGCUGCAAGAGGUGCCAGGACAGCCACAGGCCACAGCCGCCUGGCCCGACCUAACUGCUCUCUCUGAAGCUGACUUCACUGCAGCAGUUAGCGAUGCACUGCUGCUGAGGGGUAGCGGGGGCGACCAGCUGGCCGACGCCGCCGCGACCAUAUCAGGGCCCUGCAGCCUGAGUAUAACCGAAUUUGCUGCGUUGGUGCCAAACAUAUCCUCAGUCUUGAUGCAGCUCCAUGCUGACCUUGCUCAACUACAGCGUGUAGGUGCUGUCUUGGGUAUGCCGCCGGCACAAUCUGCAGUGGGAAUCCAACCUGCUGCAGCUACAGCAGCAACGGAUGAUAACCUCGCCAGCACUUUUGGCGACAGCAUCCAACAACGUCGUGCCAUCCUUGAUGAGGACGUGGAUGCUGCUGGAAUAACACAUCAGCGAGUGAAAGUGCACCUGCGGCGAGGCACCACUUUCCGUGCCCUAACCCACUCUGGUUCUUAUUCUGGUGUCGCAUUCCGUGGCCGGCUGGGAAGCCAUACAUCAGGCCCUGAUGAUCCCAAGGGAAACGAUGACAGCGGUAUUGAAAGUAUUGCAAAAGCCUACCGUCGCCGUCAGCUAACAAGUACUGCCGUGCCGUCUACAUUCAUUUACUCAAUGCCGCCAGGCAACUUCAGCAUCAAACCGCCCUCAGCCAACCCAAGAUUACUUAUUCCGAUAGUGUUCCAUAUAAUGCAGUACGUUGAUGCUGGUGGCAGGGGUAUUGGUCCAGCCAAUUACGAGCUUUCCCCUACUUAUGCAGCGCGCAUUGUCCAGGUUGCAAACUACAUGGGCAAGCCAGCUGAGAUCUCCUUCUUUAUCAAGGUCUGA